AUGGGAGUGUUAGUGGUGGAUACGGAUCACGAGGAUUCCGAUGACUCACAACAUUAUAGUCAUCAAGAAGAGCAGGGAUUCAAUGCCGCCUAUGAGUCGAAAGAGGUUCUUGGCCGCGGUCUCGCCUCAACCGUCCGCCGAUGUAUUGAAAAAGGAAGUGGCCAGCACUUUGCCGUUAAAAUAGUCGACGUCUCCACCGAGAAGCAGAGUGAAAACGAAGCGAAACGGCUUCUAGAAGAGACGAUAUCAGAAGUAGCGAUUCUACGACAACUUAUAGGGCAUCCUUCGAUUAUAAAAAUCCACGAUUUCUAUCAAACUCCCUCGUUUCUGUUCGCCGUGUUCGAGAUGGCUCCGAAAGGAGAGCUAUUCGAUCAGUUGAAUGCGACGGUGACGGUGUCGGAGAAGAAGGCGAGACGAUUGAUGAAACAGUUGUUUGACGGAGUGGAGUAUAUGCAUGCUAGGCAUAUUGUUCAUAGGGACUUGAAACUAGAAAACAUUCUAUGUAUCGACGAUGAGCGAAUCGUUAUCUCUGAUUUCGGAUUCGCCACCCGUAUCCCACCAGGCCAAAAACUGCGAGAUCUCUGCGGAACGCCUGGUUACCUGGCACCCGAAACGAUUCGAUGCCAAAUGUACGAUAACGCCGAGGGAUACUCACUGGAAGUGGAUGAAUGGGCACUUGGAGUCAUUAUGUACACGCUGUUGGCUGGAUAUGCACCAUUCUAUCAUAGGAAACAACUAAUGAUGCUGCGAAUAAUUCAACAAGGAAAGUAUGAGUUUCGAAAUGAGCAAUGGAACAACAUCACCGGUGAAGCGAAGAAUCUCAUAGCUCAACUGCUUCAAGUAGAUGUAACGAAGAGAAUCAGCUCGAAAGAGUGUCUGGUACAUGAAUGGAUGAUCCCAAUUGCUCAGCAAGUACCAACUGUUGAAAUCGAGAAAGUCAAAGAUCAAAGCGGAGAGCGUGCCAGGAAGCGGUUCAAGACUGCGAUUAUUUGGGUUAGAUUCUUCCAAAGACUUGCCAAAUACAAAUAUCUCAAGACGGUUAUCGAUAGAGAUGUACUCAGAAAGAGACCAUUCAGGGAUAGAGAUAUCCGCCACGAAGCCGAAUCGUCAAUGUUCAGUGUCUACGGCCACUGGGUCAACCGUGGAUUCUACUACUCUCGUGAUAUGCUUUUCGCCAACAAGCCACGCCCUAAAAUGGCCAAAAAAUCGGUUGAAGCGAAUCCAGGAGCUGCUGCCACAGCUAACACCACUGAGCAAUUAAAAGUUCCCGCUUCUCAAAAAUAA